UGGUGAUUAACUUAACAUGUACUAACAUUUUCCUUGUGUUUUACCGAAGGUGUUUGGUUUCCUCUUGGUUACGGUGGUGCUGGCUGUUGGCAUGUACUGGAGUACCACUGGGCCGCUUACAAUUGCUGGUGCUUUCCACCAGCGCUUACAAUCGUGUCGCAGAGAGCUAGCUGGGUAGCUAGCGUUAGCUCGCUUAGCUAUGUAGCUAGCCUGCUUCGAACCGAUGAAACACUGCUGCGUCCAUUAUCGGACAUGCCUCACUCUAGCGUGCAUAUUUCUAUUUUUUCACCAUAAUUGAAAUCGUUGACCCCCAUAAACGUUGGACAGAUAUUUUGAGAGAGGGCUGCAAAUGUAUGUGACAUUUUUGUGCGACUAUACAGUCAUAUUUUGGUAUACAAACCCAGUUUGAUGUCUGCUGGUGUAGCGCAUCCGCCUAGGCUAGCGAAGGAGGAGCGAUUGGCGGUAUCGUGUAUUUCUGUUUUCAUUGCCACUGGUUUGUCUGGGGGCGAUGCUUCAGAUUUGAUUCACGUCUUGACAACGGGUAGCCAUAGCGAUGACGGAAAUGACCUAGAGGCCUUACAGAUACAUUUGUGCUUUUGUCGCUCUAAUCUGCAUCCGCGGAGAGCAGCGAGAUCUGGAAGCACACUUGUUUCCGCGGUGAGUAAUAUCUACCUCAGCCAGAAUACAGGGGAGAAACCAGGAAGCUGCUGGAGACUUCAGACAGGCAGACAGAGCUAUCAGCUGGCCACUCGCUCACUGCCUGCUGAGUCCUGCUUUGUGAAGAGGAUUUGAGACGGACUGGAUCUGUCUGCCCUUCGCCUCCCACAGCUCCUCUACCAGCUAGUGUACAAGAAACCACAUCCUCCGAUUCCAGUGCUUACUUACGUGUUUUUUUUUUUUGUUUUUUUUUUAUUACUGUCAUUUUUCCUCCGUGCUGUUGACCAGUGUCUGAUUUUCCUUGGAUUCACUUUUCAUUUUUGCUUUCAGCUUUUAAAAGGAUUUUCUACUUUUAUUAGUGCAGGCUGGUAAAGGUUAUAUAUAUGUACAUACAUAUGUGUGUAUACUCUGUAUACUGUAUGAAGAAGGAUUUUUUUUCCCAUUCUGAAGGAAAGUUAACGCACUUUAAAACUUGGCUGUAGUAUCACUUUAAGUAAGUUAGGUGUUUUUGACUUUUCCUCCCCUAUUAUGAUAAUUUUGUUUGAAGCUGGAAACAGAAAAUCUGGAGGUGUGUCUGUGACGGGCCUGACGUAUCUGCAGCAGGGCUGCAUGUAAGCAUUUCACUCAGCCUGCCAGUCUGUCUGAUCGCCCUCCGACCUCACCCAAGUCUGUGCUGCCUCUCUACAAAGCACACUGAGAUGAGCCUCUGGCAGGUGGAAUCCUUGAGCUGUCUUUUUACGUAACUUGAACAGUUUCAGGACUGUGGACUGGGUUUGGUGUUUUUGUAAAGAGGACAAGAGCACGUUGCGGGGGAAAAUAAAGUAAAAACAGCAGCUUCCGGUGCUGUUGCACCACUUAUGUAUUGUUGUAGUGCGCAGGAAAGUAAAAUGGACUACAAGCGUCGCUUUUUGCUCGGCGGGUCCAAGCAGAAAGUGCAACAGCACCAGCAGUACCAGAUGCCUGAGCUGAGCCGGACCUUGAGCGCCUCCCUGGCCUCCUCUUGCUCGGCUUCUACGCCCAUGGGCACCGGGGUGGGCAUGCCUGGCAGCUGCCACCCACCUCCUUCUAGCGCCACCACCGCAGUUGCAGACAUCCAGCAAGGCAUCUCCAAAUACUUGGACGCCCUCAACGUGUUCUGCCGGGCCAGCGCCUUCCUCACAGACCUGUUCAGUAGUGUGUUCAGGAACUCUCACUAUUCCAAAGCAGCUAUGCAACUGAAGGACGUGCAGGAACACGUCAUGGAGGCGGCCAGCAGGCUGACUGCAGCAAUAAAGCCCGAGAUCGCCAAGAUGUUGAUGGAGCUGAGCGCCGGGGCCGCCAACUUCAAAGACCAGAACGACUUCAGCCUGCAGGAUGUUGAGGUGCUGGGUCGGUGCUUCCUCACGGUGAUGCAGGUCCAUUUCCAGUUUCUAUCACAGGCGCUGCAGAAGGUGCAGCCCGUGGCUCAGUCCUGCCUGGCAGAGGCUCUUGCCCAGGCCCAGGAGCGUUGCGCCAAUGCCCGCUCCCAAAACUCUGACCUGGGGCCCCUCACAGAGCUGGAGGAAGCCUCACGCUCGUGGAAAGGUGCAGCUCAGGCCAUGGCGAGGUUGAGAGAGAGGGGCCGGGACGGCUGCCUGGCAGGCAUCCAGGUUCAGCAGCUCUUCUGCUCCAACAACACCACCAUCCCUGAGCACCAACUGAAGGAGCUCAACAUGAAGAUUGACAAUGCUUUACAGGCCUAUAAAGCAGCACUAGAGAGCCUGGGUCAUAGCGAGUACGCACUGAAGGCCGGCUUUCAUCUGAACCCCAAAGCGGUGGAGGCAGCCUUACAGAGCUGCUGCAGUGAGGCGGAGGCCCAGCAGGCGGGCAGGAUGCAGACCACCUCCCAGCCCAUCCAGUGCGAGCUGCCCACCAUCCCUGUACAGAUCGGCUCGCAUUUCCUCAAAGGAGUGUCCUUUAACGAGUCAGCGGCUGAAAACCUCAAGCUGAAAACGCACACGAUGCUGCAGCUCAUUAAGGAGGCGCUGGGCCAGAAUGGAGUGACCCCCAGGGACGACUCUCCUGUCACUGAGGUCCUCAACCAAGUCUGCCCAUCCAGUUGGAGAGGAGCCUGCAAGACAGCUGUCCAGCUGCUGUUUGCCCAGGCUGGUCUGGUGGUUGUUGAUACAGCUCAGAUUGAGAACAAGGAGGCCUAUGCUCCCCAGAUCACUCUUGAGGGUUCCAAAGUGGUGGUCCAAGUUCCCUCUACGUGGUGUCUGAAGGAGGACCCAGCCACUAUGUCCUUGCUCCAGCGGAGCUUGGAUCCGGAGAAGACUCUUGGUCUAGUAGACGUGCUCUACACAGCGGUGUUUGACAUCAACAGGUGGAAGGAGAGAAAAGAGCAAGCCUUGCCCACUAUUCAGAUCCAGCUGCAGCGAGAGAUCCCAGACUAUGGUGUUCAGGCAGACCUGCCCCCAGGCACCAGCUCCAAGUCCUCCAGUGGAUUGCCCAAAACAAUAUCCAAGCUGACUUCCAAGUUCACCAAGAAAGUCUCAUCCAGCUCUAAUAGUGGGGGCAGUUACUCCAUCCCAAGCACCCCAUCUCGCAGCAUGCUGACAACCAGUAGCUCUGAGGAUAAGGCCAAGAGCCUGGGCCACAGUGACGGGAGGCUACAGAGCAUCCUGCAGAUGAGCAGCCUGUCCUGCACCCCAGAUUCUACCCAGCAAAGCCUGCUGGCCAACGGCUUAGAGGACCAGGGGAUGAACCUGCCGACUGACCAAGAGAUGCAGGAUGUCAUCGACUUUCUCUCAGGAUUCAACAUGGUAAAAUCACAGCAGGCUUCGCCCUUGGUGAAGAGGAGGAACUCUGUGGCGUCUGCAAACCCUGCUGAGCUCAAGCCCCCGAGUGGACCUCCGCCAACUUCCCAAUCUAUCUCUCACAGUACCCUACAGCCCCAAGCUCAGCCCCAGCCUCAGCCCCAGCCUCCACCAUCGGUGCAAAAGCAGCAGCCUCAGCCACAACCACAGCCACCUCCUCCGCAGCAGCAACAGCCCCAGCAGCAGCCCGCUCCUCCACCUCAACAGCCCUCCCCACAAGCCCUGCAGUACUACCAGCACCUCCUGCAACCAAUCAGUCAGCAGCAGCCACCUCCUCCUCAGCUUCCUCCCCAGCAGACGCCUCCCCAGGUUCUGCCACAGCAAAGAGUGGCAAGCAAGUGGCUCGGCACCUCUGGGCAACAGCCUCCACCGCAAGGCCCCCCAGCGGGGCUGUCACCCCUGGGUCCAAUUGGGCAGUGGGGCUCUCCUGGACUGCCGGAUCUGAGCUCGGAUCUGUACAGUCUGGGCCUGGUCAGCACCUACAUGGACAGCGUCAUGUCAGAGAUGCUGGGUCAGAAGCCACAGGGUCCACGCAACAACACCUGGCCCAACAGGGACCAGAGUGAAGGAGUGUUUGGAGUCCUGGGAGACACGCUGCCUUUUGACCCCGCAGUUGGCUCGGACCCGGAGUUUGCACGUUAUGUCGCUGGCGUCAGUCAGGCCAUGCAGCAGAAACGGCAGGUGCAGCACAUCCGUCGCCCCAGCAACACGCGCAGCAACUGGCCAAUGCCUGAAGAGCAACACAGGACCUGGUCCCACCCAGAGUACUACAGUGAAGGGGAGGCUGUAAACAGCAGCUGGUCAGCCAAUCAGGGGGACUCGGCCAGCUCCAGCGAUGAGACGUCUUCAGCCAAUGGUGACAGUCUGUUCUCUAUGUUUUCUGGACCGGACCUUGUAGCGGCGGUUAAACAAAGGAGAAAACACAGCUGUGGUGAGCCAGAGGUGUGCACCCUGCCCUCGCCACCACUCCAUCACAUCAGCGAUGAUAACCAGGACAGCAAAACUAAAACCUGGCCUCCUAAAGCGCCAUGGCAGCACUCCACCCACACAAACACCAUGCCCAAUCCCAGCUCUUCCUUGUACCAGAUGAACAUCCCUCCUUCCUCCCAGUGGAGCGACUCCAUGCAGAUGCUGCAGUCUCCUGUGUGGUCCACUGCCAGCGACUGCUCCCCCUCCACUGGAAUCUCCUCUGGUUUUCCCUUCACCCAGCAGCAGCAGCAACAGCAGCAGCAGCAACAACAGCAGCAGCAGCAGCAGCAACAACACAAACCCAUGACCAAGGGCUUUAAAUCCUUCCCCCUCAAACACGAGCACAGGCCCUCCUACCUUCACCAGUACUGAUCACAGUCUAAUGUGGAGCGAGUCCGCGGUGAAGUGCCACCGAGGGCCUGUAGCUCUGUUAGAUGAGCCACUGAGUGGGCCGAGCUGCAGCCAUUACAGUCCACACCCACUGAAUUGGAAGAUUUCAAAGCCUCAGAGGCAAAAUUAAGUAUACACACUGGCUCAACAUGUUUUGUAUCUAUAUUUUUCCAUGACAAACAUCCCCAUUUGAAAAGGAGACGUAUUUUGAAGUUUUUCGAACUGCCAUGUUUUAACUACGACAGGUGCAUGUGUCAUGCUGGCAGCAGUUAGUCUAGUGGUUGUUUCUCUGUCUGUCGAGCUGACGUCUCUUCAGACAAGAGCUGGAGACGUGCACGGCCGUCACCCACUUGCUUCUGCAGCUGAACGUGUGUGUGUAAAUGAGGGGAUUACACGGGGGCAGGGGCUGGAAAUGCUCUCAUUUUGCCCAUAUUAAAUAUACUGUGUCUACAUAGCUGUAACUGCCAAAUCUCACGCAAGAUGACUCAGAAUACAGCUACCAUCUACUGUUUCAUAGCUUGUAAAAUACUGAAGUUGAAAUAUAAAUAUUUAGUUCUUUUUAUUAAGAGGCUUUGAGCAGGCUCAGCAUAAAUAUAGUAAGUCACUGCAGAGGUGUAAUUUGAGAGAAAUACACUACUUUUUCAACAACUGACCAGAGUUAAGAAUUAUAGCAGUAACUAUGUGCCAUGUUGGUAUUGAUAGCACUUGCAGAAUAUUAUUCCCAACCAAAGCGUUGUUCAGAAGAUGAAUGGUGCUGAAGAGAUAAGAGGCGGUCUGAGAUUACUGAAAAACAGUGAAGUUACACACCCUAUUGGAUGAAAGCGUUCGGGAACAUCUCCACACCCAGAAGCGCGUUCAUUUCCUCCUCUCUAAUUGGCAGUUGUUUGCUCCAGAUUGACACUAACUCCCAUACACCUAACUUUUCUUCUGUUUAAUAAUACAAUAUUUUUCUUGUACAAUUAUUGACAGUAUUAAUCUUAUUUUUGUAUUUUCUUACAUGUUAUACCAUUACUGUAUGUUAGUAUUCUUGUAGGCAUAUUACAUAAAAACAUUAUUUUCCACCUCCCAAUAUGUGAAAAAGCACAUUUUUUCCUACAGAGUUGAACUACACCAUCUAUCUAUAAAGGUUACCAAAUAUGCCAUGCUAAACACUAAAACAUUGUGUGAUGAGGGUGUUUUCGAGCCCUUGUUUCUUCGGUUUCUAUGGCAAUGGGCUGUAUUUAAAAGCCCAGAAUGUUAUCUUUUUGUGAUGUUUGCGGAUGCCAAUGUUGCCUGUAUUUAUGAAAUGACACCAUGUUUUCAGAAAACUAACAUACUUAACAUGUUUACAGAGAAUUGUUUGCUGUAUAUACAUAUAAAUAUAUAUCUUUUUAUAGUUAAUGUGCUUUGCACAAUCAAGAUAUAGGGUUUGUUGCUUUUUGUCUGUGUUAUCUCCCUAACUGUUGCAGCCUUUUUUAAAGACAUCAUUACAGACCUUGGACUGUAACUGUAAGCUUCUCAGCUGUGUCAAAUGGUUUACUAGUGGCUUCUACAAAAUGAAAAAAAAAAAAAAAAAUUAUAAUAAAAACAUGUUGCCCUGAUAGAAGAUAUGAAGGGGGACUGCUUGGCUUAUGUUGCUUAUUGUUCUCUUGAGCUGGCAACUGAAUCUUUCCAAGUGUACCAGCAAUGCAAAAAAUGAAUAAAAAAAGACUAGCAAUUCGAA